AUGUGGAUCUAUGCUACUUUUAUUGUAGCUAUCUCAAUUAAAAUAGUUUAUCUUCAAACUUGUUCAAAUUUUGAAGACGGUAUUGAUCGUUCUGGACCAUGGUAUGCUUACGUUCAAACAAUGCUAUCUACCGACUCAUGCUGUAAUCUCUGCAAUGCUGAAGGUACAAGAUGUCAAUCAUGGGUAUUUGUUCGUGCAGGAGGUAGUUAUGCACCUGGCUGCUAUCUUAAACAAAAUAUUCCAUCUAUAAACGAAACUUCUACGAAUAAGCAGUAUUGCACUAGUGGUUUUAAGCAAACAUCAUUGAUCACGAGUGGUCGAUGUGCCUAUCCUGGAGGAAUAUUUGAACUGGGUAUUGAUCGGCCAGGUUAUAAUUAUGCUCGCUUGUUAAGUAUAGACAGUCAUCCGGCUUGUUGUGCUAUGUGUCAAUUGGAAGGUGACAAAUGUCGAGCAUGGACAUUUAUUCGAAACGGAGCUGUAGGCAAAGAAAGCGGAUGCUUGUUGAAAAAUCAAAUACCACCAAUUAGCAAUGUUCCUUGUGUAGCAUGUACAUCUGGUACAAAAUAA